CCUGGGGUGGAGAGAAGUCCAUAUAGCAUAGUCCAUACAGUAUGGAAAUGGAAAUGAUAUGCCAUAAACAUCUAUAGCAUAGACUAUAUAGUCUAGAAAUGUCAAUGAUAAACCAUAAACAGCUAUAGCAUAGUCCAUAUAGUCUAGAAAUGUAAAUGAUAAGCCACAAACAUCUAUAGCAUAGACUAUAUAGUCUAGUGAUUUAAAUGAUAGGCCAUAUACAUAUAUAGUGUAGUCCAUAUAGUCUAGUAAUGUAAAUGAUAAGUCAUAAAUAGCUAUAGCAUAGACUAUAUAGUCUAGUAAUGUAAAUAAUAAGCCAUAAAUAUCUGUAGCAUAGACCACAUAGUCUAGUAAUGUAAAUAAGCCAUAAAUAUCUAUAGCAUAGACUCUAUAAUCUAGUAAUUUAAAUGAUUAGUCAUGUAAGUCAUAUAGCAUAGUCCAUAUAGUCUAGUAAUGUAAAUGAUAAGCAAUAUAGUCCAGUGAUUUAAAUGAUAGGCCAUAUACAUAUAUAGCGUAGUCUAUAUAGUCUAGUAAUGUAAAUGAUAAGCCAGAGAGUCCUAUACGUCAUAGUCCAUACAGUCUAGCAAUGUAAAUCAUAAGCCAUAAAUAUCUAUAGCAUAGACCAUAUAGUCUAGUAAUUUAAAUGAUUAGUCAUAUAAUAGCACAGUCCAUAUAGCCUAGUAAUGUAAAUGAUAAGCUGUAGAGUCAUAUAAGUCAUAUAGUGUAGUCCAUAUAGUCUGGAAAUGAUAAGUCAUAAACAUCUAUAGCACAGUCCAUAUAGCCUAGUAAUGUAAAUUAUAAGCCGUAGAGUCAUAUAAGUCAUAUAGUGUAGUCCAUAUAGUCUGGAAAUGAUAAGUCAUAAACAUCUAUAGCACAGUCCAUAUAGCCUAGUAAUGUAAAUUAUAAGCCGUAGAGUCAUAUAAGUCAUAUAGUGUAGUCCAUAUAGUCUGGAAAUGAUAAGCCAUAAACAUCUAUAUCAUAGACCAUAUAGUCUAGUAAAGUAUAUAAGCUAUACAGUCCUAUAAGUCAUAUAGUGUAGUUCAAAUAGUCUAGUAAAGUAAAUUAUAAGCCAUAAACAUCUAUAGCAUAGACCAUAUAGUCUAGUAAUUUAAAUGAUUAAUCAUAUAAGUCAUAUAGCAUAGUCCAUAUAGACUAGAAUGAGAGAAAGAGAGGAUGGAGAGAAGGAAAAGAGAAAGGAAGGAAAGCAGGAAGGAAGGGAAGGAAGAGAGGAAAGAGGGAAAUAAGUGGGAGAGAGAGGAAGGAAGAAGGGAAAGGAGUGAAAGAAUAGAUCAGAGAGAGAAAAGAGGGGGAGAGAGAACGAAAGGAAGGGAAGCAGGAAGGAAGGACAGAAAGAGGAAAUAGAGAAAGAGGGGAGAGAGGAAAAGAAGGAAAGAAAAAGACAGGAAAGCAGGAAAGAAAGAAGGGAAAGGGGAGGAGGAAGAGAUCAGAGAGAGAAAAGGGAGGGAGAGAAGGAAGGAAGGAAAGAGAAAGGGAAGGAAAGCAGGAAGGAAGGAAACAGAAAAAGAGCAAGAGGAAGGAGGGGAGGAAGGAAGGGAGGAAGAAGAGAUGAAAGGCAAGAAGAGGAGAGAGAAAAAGAUAAGAAGGAAGGAAUAAGGGAGAGAUAAAAAAUGGAAGGAAAGCAGGAAGGAAGGGCAGAAAGAGGAAACAGGGAGAGAGAGGAAAGAAGGAAAGAAAUUAUAAUCCAUAUACAUAUGUCACAUAGCAUAGUAAUCAUUUAAAUUACUAGAUUAAUCAUUUAAACUUACAUGACUAUGCUAUAUAGUAAUGUAUAUGACUGUGCCAUAUGGCUAUACUAUAUGACAAUACAGCUCUAUUAUUGUUUAUGUUACUGUACUUACUAUAUGACGUAACAUGACUUUUUGCCUUGUUUUUAUUUGUGUUGUAUUUUGAAAUGGUCAAAUGACUGGUCAAAUAAAUAAAAUUAUUAUUAUUAUUACUUUGCUUUCUUUUUCUCAUCUUCCCCUGUCCUUCCUUCCUUCCUUCCUUCCUUCCUUCCUUCCUUCCUUCCUUCCUUCCUUCCUUCCUUCCUUCCUUCCUUCUUUUCUUUCCUUUUCUCUCUUCUUCCCUUCUUUCUUCUUUCCUUCCUGCUAUCUUUUCUUGCCUUUUCUCUCUCCUUUUUCUCUUUCUCUCCUUCCUUCUUUUUUCUCUUUCUCUCUCCUCUUCCUGUCUUUCUUUUCAUCUCUUCUUGCUCCCCUUUUCUUCCCUUCUUCCUUCUUUCCUUCCUCUCCCUCUUUCCGCUCUUUCUGUCUUUUUUUUCUUUCUUUCCUUUCUUUUUCUUUCUUCCCUUUUCUUUCCUUACUUCUUUCCUUCCUUUUUUCUCUCCUCUUCCUCUUUCAUUCAUCUCUUCUUGUUCCUCUUCUCUUCCCUUCUUCCUUCUUUCCUUCCAUUCUUUUUAUCUCUCCCUUAUUCCUUCCUUCUUUUCUUUCUUUUUCUCUCUCCUCUUCCUGUCUUUCAUCUCUUCUUCCUCCCCUCCUUCCUCUUGCUCUUUUCUCUGUUUCCUUUCAUUCUGCUCUUCCUUUCUCUUUCCUUCCCUUUCUCUUUCCUUCCUUCCUUCUCUCCCUCUUUUCUCUCUCUCUGAUCUCUUUCUCCUCCCCUUUCCCUUCUUCCUUCUUUCUUUCCUGCUUUCCUUUCUUUUUCUUUCCUUCUUCUUUCAUCUCUCUCCCUCUUUUUCUCUGUUUCCUCUCUUUCUGCCCUUCUUUCUUGCUUUCCUUCCUUCCUUUUUCUCUCUCUUUCUCUUUCCUUCCGUCUUUCGUUCUCUCUCCCUCUUUUCUCUCUUCUUCCUCCCCAUUCACUUCUUCCUUCUUUCUUUCCUGCUUUCCUUUCUUUUUCUUUUCUUCUUCUUUCCUCUCUCUCCCUCUUUUCCCCCUCUUUCCUCUCUUUCUUCCCUUCUUUCCUGCUUUUCUUCCUUUCUUUUUCUCUCCCUUUUCUCUUUCUCUCUGAUCUCUUCCUCCUUCCCUUCCUUCAUUCCUCUCUCUCUUUCCCUCCCUCUUAUUCCCCUCUUUCCUCUCUUCCUACUUUCCUUCCUUUCUCCAUCUCUCCUUCCUCUCUCUCUUCCUCUCUUCCUCUCCUUCUACCCUUCCUUCCUUCCUUCCUUCCUUCCUUCCUUCCUUCCUUCCUUCCUUCCUCUCUCCCCUCUUUUCUCUCUCUCUGAUCUCUUCUUCCUCUCCCUUCACUUCUUUCCUUCCUCUCUCCCCCUCUUUUUCCCCUCUUUCCUCUCUUUAUGCCCUUCCUUCCUGCUUUCCUUCCUUUCUCUCACUUUCUCUUUCCUUCCUUCUUUCGUUCUCUCUCUCUCCUUCUUUUCUCUCUCUCUCUCUGAUCUCUCCUUUCUCUUCUUCCGUCUUUCCUUCUUCCCUCACCCUCUUUUUCCUCUCUUUCUUCCCUUCCUUCCUGCUUCUCUUCCCUUCUCUCCUUCCUCUCUCUCUCCUUCCUCUCUCUUUCUAAUUCUACCCUUCUUUCCUUCCUUCCUUCCUUCCUUCUUUCCUUCUUUCCUUCUCCCUCUCUCUCUCUCUCUCUGAUCUCUCCUUUCUCUUCUUCCGUCUUUCCUUCCUCUCUUGCCCUCUUAUUUCUCUCUUUCCUCUCUUCCCUUCCUUUCUCCUUUCCUUCUCUCCUUCCUCUCUUUCAUUCACUCACGUCUUCCUUCCUUCCUUUGCAAUAUUCAUCCCUUCCUUCUUUCCUUCUCCCUCUUUCUCUCUCUCUCUCUCACCUCUUCUUUCUCUCCUUUCUUUUCUUCCGUCUUUCCUUCUUCCCUCACCCUCUUUUUCCUCUUCUUCCCUUCCUUCCUGCUUCUCUUCCCUUCUCUCCUUUCUCUUUCUCAUUCUACCCUCCCUCCCUCCCUCCCUCCCUCCCUUCCUUCCUUCCUUCCUUCCUUCCCCCUAGUCUCUCUCUCUCUGAUCUCGCUUCCUCCCCCUGCUCUUCUUUCCUUCCUCUCUCCCUCUUAUUUCCUCCCUUCCUUCCUUCUCCCUCUUUCUCUCUCUCUGAUCUCUUUUUCUUCUCCCUUCCCUUCUUUCCUUCCUCUCUUGCCCUCUUUUUCCUCUCUUCCUUCCUUCCUUCCUUCCUUCCUUCCUUCCUUCCUUCCUUCCUUCCUUCCUUCCUUCCUUCCCAACCCAAGGCCAAGAGGAGGGCAAGUGUCCCAGGCCUUACCUCCAUGCUGGCCAGCUCCUUGGCCGGACUCAGGCCGUUGACUGGAUGGGCGGCCGGACUCUGGAAGGAGAGGACCAAGGAGGAGAAGAAGAGGAGGAGGAGUGUCCCUUGCUUGGCCUCCAUGCCUGCCUGGUGCUGCUGCUGCUGCUGUGGGUGAGUGGGGUGUCGUCCUUGGUGGUGCCCUGGCCUCUCCUGGGCCUUAUAUGCAUCCCGGGGGGGUUAUCUCCUCCGCAUUCCAGCCCCACAGAUUCCCUUUAUUAGGUCUCAUCGUCCAGGCGAGUCACACGCCGGUGACUUCAUGGGACCCUCCUCGAGGGGCAAAGGCAUCCAGGACGCCUGCCUUCCUUCCUUCCUUCCUAUAUAUGGCAGGCACUUCCCUCUUGCCUUCCUUCCUUCCCCUUCCCCUUCCUUCUUUCCCGUCCUUUCCUUCCAUUUUGUUUCUUUCCUUUCCUUCUUUCCUUCCUUUUCCUUCCUAUUUCAUUUCCCUUCCUUCCUUCCCUUCCCUUUCCUCUCACUUCUCUUUCUUUUCCUUCCUUUCUUCCUUCCUUUCCCUUUCUCUUCUCUUUCCUUUCCUUUCUUUAUUUCCUUCCAUUCCUUCCCUUCCUUUUCCUUUUCACCUCUGUUUCUUUUCCUUCCUUCCUUCCUUCCUUCCUUCCUUCCUUCCUUCCUUCCUUUCAUCCUUUCUUCCGUCCUUCCUUCUUCCUUUCCUUCCCUUCCUUCCCUUCCCUUCCCUUCUGUUUCUUUCCUUUUCCUUUCUUCUUUCCUUUCUUUCCCUCACCCCCUUUCACUUCUCUUUCUUUUCCUCCCUCCCUCCUUCUCUCCUUCCCUCCUUCCUUCCUUCCCACCUCUCCCUCUCUUCUUUAUUUCCUUCCUUUUCCUUCCUCCCUUCUUUGUCUCUUUCCAUCUUCCUCCCCUCUCUCAUUCCAUCUUUCCUUCCUUCCUGCCUGCCCAACCUUCCUUUCCCUUCCCUCACACUUCUUUUUCCUUUCCUUUCCCUCCCUCCCUCCCUCCCUCCCUCCCUCCCUCCCUUCCUUCCUUUCUCUUUCUCUUCUCUUUCCUUUUCUUUCUUUCUGUCCUUCCAUUCCUUCCCUCCCCUCUCAUUUCCUUUUCACUUCUGUUUCUUUUCCUUCCUUCCUUUCUUCCUUCCUUCCCUUCUGUUUCUUUCCUUUUCCUUUCUUCUUUCCUUUCUUUACCUCACCCCCUUUCACUUCUCUUUCUCUCCUUCCUUCCUUCCCUUCCCGUCCCUUCCCUUUCUUCUUUCUUUCCUUUCCUUUCCUUUCCUUUCCUUUCCCUGCUUCCCCCUUCCCUCUCACUGCUGCUUCUCUCCAUUCUACCUCCUUUUCUUCCAUUAUUAUUAUUAUUAUUAUCAUCAUCAUCUCCUUUCUUCCUUCUUCCCGUUCUCCCCCUUUUCUUCCAUCAUUAUCAUCAUCAUCAUCAUCAUCAUCUCAUCUCAUGCAAAUUAUGAGCCAAGCGAGACCCCAUUUCCAUCCAAGCAACACACUCCGAUUUCUACAAAAUGUUUAUUGAAACACACAGAAAAGGCCAACACUCUCUUGUAAAACCUUGACGCCAGUCUUUCCCGAGCCUCUUGAGGUCUAGAAACCUCCCGUUUGCAAAGGAGGAAGCGUUCAUAGAGUCCAGCAUCCCGUAUCAAAGUUUCGUCAUGGAUUUCAACUCCGGGGCUUUCUCCACGAACCUGAAACCAAGAGGGAAAAGAAAGGUAAAAGUCCAGCUCCAAUCUAUCUAUAGAUAUACAAAUGCAAUGUUCGUUUUCCCGUGGAGUAAACAACAAAACCACUGAACCCAAUCACACCAAAUUUGGCCACAACAGACAUAGUCAUCCAAGGUAUGUCUUUCAAUAAAAAACCCUAUAAAAAUAGUCCAAAUUACAGAAGAUGAGGAAGAGCCUUUCUCCUCCUAACUGUCAGUUAGAAGGGUAGGCCGUGCUGCAUCUAUAUAAAAAUGUAAUGUGCGUUUUCCUAUGGAGUAAACAACAAAACCACUGAACCCAAUCACACCAAAUUUGGCCACAAAAGACAUAGUCAUCCAAGGUAUGUCUUUCAAUUAAAAAAACCCUAGAAAAAUAGUCCCAAAUUACAGAGGAUGAGGAAGAGCCUUUCUCCUCCUAACUGCCAGUUAGAAAGGUAGGCUCUGCUGCCUUUAGGCCCCGCCCCCUUCGUAUCCUAGCAACUCCCUCAGCCAAAAUGGCGCCCAGGGCACAGGCAGAGUGCACUCAGGCCUCUUCCACACUGCUUAUAAAAUUCAGAUUAUCUGGAUUAUAUGGCAGUGUAGACUCAAGGUCCUUCCACACAGCUAUAUUACCCAUUUAUAAUCUUAUAUUAUCUGUUUUGAACUAGAUUAUCUUGAGCCCACACUGCCAUAUAAUCCAGUCCAGUGUGGUUUUUAUACAGCUGUGUAGAAGGGGCCUCAUAUAAUCCAGUUCUAAGCAGAUAAUAUAAGAUUAUAAAUAUAAUAUGUAAUAAUGACUGUGGUAUAAUAAUACGGAACAAUAUAAUCUCUAAAACCAGGACAGUCAAUAAAGAGCAACACUCUGAAAACAGGGAAAUUGGGAAUUCCAGAAAGGAAACAAUCGGGGCCAGCUAACACCUCCCAACAAAGGAUUCCCCCAGGCAGGAAGCAGCCAGGCUUUGAAGCUGCAAGGCCAUUAAAUGCUAUUCCACCUGGCCAACAAAUGAUUCCCAUAAGCCGGGCAAAGCUAGUGUAUUGUUGUUGUUGUUAUUAUUAUUAUUAUUAUUAUUAUUAUUAUUGAUUUGCAUCCCGCUUUCCUCCCACAACAAAGACCCAAAGCACCCUCAACCUUAAAAACCGUGCCGUCAGAACACAAUUCAAUGGCGUUAAAUGAUUCACACCAAUUAAGCUGGACCGGUUAUAUCUUUCAAAAGCUUGGCUUUCUCUCUCUCGUCAAUUCACAACUAUGGCAACGAUAUUAGGGGCCGAGAUAGUGUGACUCAUCCCAUUGGGUUCCUGUGGACAGGGAUUCGAUCUCGGAGCUUUGGUUCUGCGAAUAUGUCCUGUAUUAUUAUCAUUAUCAUCAUCUGAUAUUAUUAUUAUUAUCCUAUAGUUAUGCUCUGUAUUAUUAUCAUUAUCAUCAUCCAAUACUAUUAUUAUGCCCAUUAUUAUUAUUACCUUCUAUGAUUAUUAUUAUAAUGGAUAAUAUUAUUGUCCUAUAUUAUUAUUAUUAUUAUCAUCCUAUAUGUAUGUCCUGUAUUAUUAUUCUUAUCAUCAUCCUAUAUUAUUAUUAUUAUUAUUAUUAUUAUUAUUAUUACCUUAUAUUAUUAUUAUGGUUAAGAUUAUCCUAUAUUAUUAUUAUUCAACUAUAUUAAUACUGUAUCUAUUACUGUAUUGGGGAGAGCAUCAUCAUAUUAUUAAGGAGAGCAUUAUUAUUAUUGAGGAGAGCAUCAUCAAAUUAUUAUUAUUAGGGAGAACAUCAUUAUUAUUAUCAGGGAGAGCAUUAUCAAUAUAUUAUUAUUAUUAUUAUUAUUAUUAUUAUUAUUAUUAUUGAGAGAGCAUCAUCAAAUUAUUAUUAUUAGGGAGAGCAUUAUUAUUGUUGUUGUUGUUGUUAGGGAGAGCAUAAUCAAUGUAUUAUGGCUUGUGCCAGAGUCUUUGCAGUUUGAUUUUCAGAUCCUCGUAAUGAAAUACGAAUUUUGGUUUACAGAUGUAAUGUUUAAUUGUGUGUUUAUGUUUUAAAAGAGUAUUACAGUUAUUGCAUCUCAGCACUCAGAGGCUGGUUGCCAUGGAGAAGUAAGCAGAGCCAACAGCCGUUUAGUUGAAGGAAGUGCAGAGCUUUUUUAAAAAAAAGUCAGUCUGUGCUCUGAUGAGGCACAGGGAAGAUUGAUUCUAAGUUGAUGGGAUCAAGGAGACUCAACUGUUCAUUUUGAGUCAGUCUUAAAUAAGUUUGGUGACUUAUUUAAUGUAGUCUGUGUCCUGGUAAGGCACAGAGAAUCUGUGAUAGUAUAUCACAGGGGUGACUGUGGUUUGAAGUCAAUUGAUAGUCCAAGUUUCAGACUUUGGGAACCAAUCCCAGCCGGACUCACAGAGAUCCAUUGAAGUAACGGUUUAAAAGUAGCAGAGGAAGAAGUUUUAACUACUUUAAGUAAAAGAAAUGACAUUUUAGAGAGUAGAUUCAUCUCAUUCAAGUAUUGUAACUGUUAAUAAGAUUACCUCUAAGUGAGAAACAACAUUGUAACCACUAAGCCCUGUGCCUGAAUAAACUUGUUAUUGUUCUUCCAACAUCUAAGCCUCUGUCACAUAUAUUCUAAACCAAGUUACGCUACCAUCUAAAGUGAAGAAGAAGAAAGAAAGAAAAGUAAAAGGUCUCCUCCCUGAGUCUUUGGUGGUUGCAUCUUUCCAAAUUGGUGGCAGUCGUUAUUAGUUCUUUACAAAUUUGGGCAGCGGUGGGAUAAAAGAUUCCCCCUGCCUGAAAGAACCUCAGUCGUUCAUAGUCCUUUACACUCGUAUUGUGUCAGCUUUUCCAUUUGCUUCACAUCAAUUCCCAGAGUAACUUUUUCAGAAAAUUAUUAUUAUUAUUAUUAUUAUUAUUAUUAUUAUUAUUAUUAUUAUUUAAUAUGGACUUACGGGGUUUGUAGACGUUGCAGCCAAGCCCCGUCUGGGUCCCGAUCCGCUCCAGCCGGGAGCCGAAGCACCCGGCGAAGUAGCGCCUCCUUUUGGGCGAAGCGAAGAACCUCCUCCAUUGGGCCUCGGCCUCCGGGAGCAGGACUGCCGUUCCCAUCAGGCUGGGCAGGAGGGCCUCGUCCAGGUCGCUGGGGUCCAACUCCGAGGCCUCUUGUCCAAAGUGCACAUCCAGCCUCUCCAAAAGGUCCUGGAAGACGAAGCCAUGUGGUACUCUAUGUCCCAGCGUCCACGCCUGGGCCAACUACAGCUCCCAUCACCCACCCAUUGCUGAAGGAGAGGGAAUCCUAGCUUAUCCUAUCCGCUCCGGGUUCUAGUCCAAACUCAUCCUAGCUCAUCCUAUCCGCUCCAGGUUCUAGUCUGAACUGUACAUUUGUUUCUAGGAUUCAUUUGCUUCUACAUUUGUUUCCUAUCUGCUCCGGGUUUCAGUCCGAAUUUUACAUUAGCUUUUAUAAUACAUUUGCUUCUACAAUUUUUUCAAUCCGCUCCGGGUUUCCAUCUGAACUGUGCAUUUGCUUCUAAGAAUGCAUUUAUUUCUACAUUUGGUUCUUAUCUGCUCCAGCCUUUACUCCAAACUUUACAUGGGCUUCUACCAUACAUUUGCUUAUACAAUUUCUUUCUGUCCGCUCCGGGUUUCAGUCCGAACUAUACAUUUGCUUCUAAGAAUGCAUUUACUUCUACAUUUGCUUCCUAUCCACUCCGGGCUGUACUCUGAACUUUACACUGGAUUCUAUCAUACAUUUGGUCCUACAACUUAUUUCUAUCCGCUCAGGGUUUCAGUCUGAACUAUGCAUUUGCUUCUAAGAAUGCAUUUGCUUCUACAUUUGGUUCUUAUCCGCUCCAGCCUUUACUUCAAACUUUACAUUGGCUUCUAUCAUACAUUUGCUUCUACAAUUUCUUUCUAUCCGCUCCGUGUUUCAGUCCGAACUAUACAUUUGCUUCUAAGAAUGUAUUUGCUCCUACAUUUGCUUCCUAUCCGCUCCAGCCUGUACUCUGAACUUUACAUUUGGUUCUACAAUUUCUUUCUAUCCGCUCCGGGUUUCUGUCCAAACUAUACAUUUGCUUCUACAUUUGCUUCCUAACCGCUCUGGAUUUUAGUCCAGACUUUACAUUUGUUUCUAGGAUACAUUUGCUUCCUCUCCGUUACGACUUUAGAUUUGCUUUAAAAUCCGAGCUGUAUAGGAAUUGCUACAUCUGCUCUCGGUUCUAGUCCUAACUUUCUUUACAGGAACUUUGCAUCUCCGAAACCCUAGCAAUCCUGUGUAAGUAAUAAGUAACAAUAAAAUAAUAAUAAUAAUAAUAAUAAUAAUAAUAUCUCUAAUAAUAAUAAUCAUCAUCAUCAUCCAAUAAUAUCUCUAAUAUCCUAGUUGCAUCUUGGACCUGAUAUGUAUAUAUGUGCUGUGUUGUUAUGUGCAUGUAAUAAAUAAUAAAAAUAUAAUAAUAAUAAUAAUAAUAAUAAUAAUAAUAAUAAUAUCUAAUAGCUGCAUCUUGGACCUCAUAUGUACAUGUGUGCUGUGUUAUUAUGCACAUGUAAUAAAUAAUAACAAUAUAAUAAUAAUAAAAUAAUAAUAAUAAUAAUAUCCCUCUCUUACCUGCAGGGCUUGCAGCUCUUGCCCAGAGGGGCUCUCGGCCACCGGGCCACUCCACCCCAUGGCCAGCAACGCACAAGCCCAGCAGCACAAGCCCAGUGUGUUCAUCAUCUUGACUGCUCUUGCUCUGGACUCUGGCCACCGGCCUUUAUACAUCGGCGGCCGGCCAUCAGCGGAACCAGUUCCAUCCCGGCGAGAUUGGCUGCCUGCUUUAAUGGGAGCCAUUAGUAGGAACCUGGUCUGCUCUGAACUGGAUUAUAUGAGUCUCCGCUGCCGGAUAAUCUGGGAUAAGCAGGAUCAGAUCCUGGGAUAUAGGAGGCAUCCCAUUUGCAUUGCCUUUCCUUGCAUUGUCCAGCCUGGCUCCGGCGGAGACCAAAUGCACCCUGGUUGAAAAACAACACAGUUUAGUUUUCAGCCACAUUGAUUUCUUCAGCCACUAUUAUUUUUACUAGCUGUGCCCGGCCACGCAUUGCUGUGGCUUAUGGGAAUCCUUUGUUGGCCAGUGAAUAGCUUUGCAGCCUCAAAGCCUGGCCGUUUUCUGGAGUAGCUGGGGUAGCACCCUCAACCAAAGAGCCGCUUUGAAGCCUGGCUACUUUCUUUGCAGGGGAAUCAUUGUUUGGCCAGAUUGAAUAGCCUCGCUGAUUCAAAGCCUGGCCGCUUUCUCCAUAGGGCAUCCUCGCUAGGCCAGGUUGAAUGGGACGGAGUAGCCUCGUGGCUUCAGAGCCUGGGGGUUUUCUAUCUAGGGGAAAUCUUGGUUGGCCAGGUUGAACAGCACUGAAUAGCCUUGCUGCUUGCAAGCCUGGCCGCUUUCUCCCUUGCAGAAUCCUUGGUCGGCCAGUUUGAAUAGCAGUGAAUAGUCUCGGUGCGGCAGGUAUGAAUGCUGCAAUUAGGCACCUUGAUUAGCAUUUAAUGGCCUUGCAGCUUCAAAGCCUGUCUGCUUCCGGCCUGGGGGAAUCCUCUGUUGGGAGGUGUUAGCUGGCCCCGAUUGUUUCCUUUAUGGAAUUCCCAAUUUCCCUAUUUUCAGAGUGUUGCUCUUUAUUGACUGUCCUGGUUUUAGAGAUUAUAUUGUUCUGUAUUAUUAUACCACAGUAAUUAUUUCAUAUUAAAGUAGAAUCUCAUCUAAUUUGAUGUUUAAUCGGUUUUUCCUGAAUCCCUCCUUAUUAUCCAACAUAUUCACUUAUCCAACGUUCUGCCGGCUUGUUUAUGUUGGAUAAGUGAGACUCUACUGUAUAUUUAUAAUCUUAUAUUAUCUGCUUAGAAGUGGAUUAGAUGAGGCCCCUUCUGCACAGCUGUAUAAAAUCCAUACUGAAGUGGAUUGUAUGGCAGUGUGGACUCAAGAUAAUCCAGUUCAAAGCAGAUACUGUGGAUUAUCCUGUCAUCAUUAUUAUUAGUAAAGUGCAAGUAAAGUUUAAGUAGAGUGUGAGUUAUGUGUGAGUGAAGGUGUGAGUAAAGUGUGAGUAUGGUGUGAGUAAAUUGUGAGUAAACCUCAAGUAGAUUAUAAGAUAUUAUGAAAACAGAUUUAUUUGUCACAUUGCUUUGUCCCAGAGCAGUACCAAAUUACCAAACUCCUUUGUAAUGAGUUACUUUUCACAACAGGUAGAAAAAACAUACGUCUGGAAGGUAAAGUGUGAGCAGAGCACGAGUGAGUAAAGUGUGAGUAAACCUCAAGAAGAUUACAAGGUACACAAUUAUGAAAACAGAUUUAUUUGACACAUCACUUUACCCCGGAACAAUAAUGAAUUACAAGUUACCAAACUCCUUUGUAAUGAGUUACUUUUCACAACAGGGAGAACAAACAUGCAUCUGGAAGGUAAAGCCACCUCCAGUGGGAAACUGAAUUGCUUUAUGAGUCCAGGUGAGUCGAUACACUCAGAGUAACUUCUCCAAAGUCUAAAGAAGUAACUUCAGCUUAAACUCUCAUUUAUUUAUGCUGUUAUGUAGUUAGUUCUUGCAGAUCCAGAACGAAUGAAUGGACGAAUGGAGGUGUUGGUGGUCUCAGUGGGCGUCUCGAAGGUGUUACUUACUCUGCGGAAGAGAUUGAAAGGAGAUAUUACGUUCCUGAUGUAAAAGGACAUCUAAUGGUGGAUGUUGGGAACUGUGACCCCAAAGGGGCAUCUAAUGAUGGACGAUGGGAACAGUGAUCCCAAAAAGAAAGCUUAAUGGGGGAUAAUGGGAGCUGUGAUCCCAAAAUGGCAUCUAAUGGUGGGUGAUGGGAACGGUGACCCCAAAAGGGCAUCUAAUGGUGGAUAAUGGGAACGGUGAUCUCAAAAAGGGAGCUUAAUGUUGGAUAAUGGGAACGGUGAUCCCAAAAAGGAAGCUUAAUGUUGGAUAAUGGGAGCUGUGAUCCCAAAAUGGCAUCUAAUAGUGGGUGAUGGGAACUGUGAUUGGAAAUGGUGGACGAUGGGAGCUGUGAUCCCCAAAUGGAAUCUAAUGGUGGAUGAUGGGAUCUGUGAUCCCAAAAAAGGAAGCUUAAUGGUGGAUGAUGGGAACUGUGGUCCCAAAAUGGCAUCUAAUGGUGGGUGAUGGGAACUGUGAUCCGGAAAGGGAAUGUAAUGCUGGAUGAUGGGAACUGUGGUCCCAAAAGAGCAUCUAAUGUUGGAUGAUGGGAACUGUGAUUGGAAUAGGCCUCUAAUGGUGGACGAUGGGAACUGUUCUUACCUUGUUCUUACCUUCCCCAGGUGAGGUUCAGCAGCCCAGGCCGCUCAGGGCCCCGAUGCGGUCCAGCUUGACCCCGAAGCACCCCCGGGAGAGGCCCUUCUUGCUCCGGAGCGGGAGGCGCUGCGGGGAGCCCAGGAGGGCAGCCAGGAGCGCCCGGGCGGCGGUCUCCGAGUGCGGCCACGCAAGCCCAUCGUCCCCUUCUUCCACCUCUGGGGACCCCUCCGGGCCCUGCCAGGAAGGAAGGAAGGAAGGAAGGAAGGCAGGAAGGAAGGCAGGCAGGCAGGCAGGCAGGCACAGGCAACUCUCCAAGGUGCUGAAGAGCCAGACACUCUUUGGGUCUAUCACUUCAUAGCAGGCCUGGGCAAACUUGGGCCCUCCGGGUGUUUUGGACUUCAACUUGUAGGGCCAUGCAUUGGGUCUAUCAUCCUUAGGAUCAUUCAUAGGGUCUAUUACUUGUAGGGUCAUUCAUUGGGUCUACCAUUCAUAGUCCCUUAUAGUGUCAUUCAUAGGGUCUAUAAUAAAAUAAUAUUUAUAACUAAUAAUAAUAAUAUGUAUAACUCUUAGGGUCUCUCAUUCAUAGGGAGUAUUGCUUAGAGGGAUACUAUCAUUCAUAGUAUAAUAAUAAUAAUAAUAUUUAUAACUAAUAAUAAUAAUAAUAAUAAUAUGUAUAACUCUUAGGGUCUCAUUCAUAGGGUCUAUUGCUUAGAGAGAUACUAUCAUUCGUAGUAUAAUAAUAAUAAUAAAUAAUAAUAUUUAUAACUAAUAAUAAUAAUAUGUAUAACUCUAAGAGUCUCUCAUUCAUAGGAUCUAUUACUUAAAGGGAUACUAUCAUUCGUAGAAUAAUAAUAAUAAUAACAAUAAUAAUAAUAUGUAUAACUCUUAGGAUGUCAUUCAUAGCGUCUAUUGCUUAGAGGGAUACUAUCAUUCAUAGUAGAAUAAUAAUAAUAAUAUCUAUAACUUAUAAUAAUAAACCAAUAAUAAUAAUAGUAAUCAUAAAAUAAUAAUAAUAAAUAAAGUAAUUAUUAUUAUUUCAGACCUUCUGCCUCAACCUAUUGCUCCAACUCACCUGAUCCUCACCUGUGGCAGGUCUUUUGCAAAGCGAACAGCUCCUAAUGACCCAUUCCGGCCAAAUAAUCCCUUCCAAACCCCACCGGCUAGGUGUCUCCCAUAGGGCCCUAUACAGGUGUGCUCCUUUCCCUCUUACCUGUGCCUUUGGGGCCGGCUUGGCUUCUCCUUGGUGGUGGCCACGGGUCAGGAUGAGGAGAAGAGCCACCCACCUGAAGCAGGUCAUCUGGGGAUCCAUCUUCCGCAGCAGGUGGGCUUUGCUUCAUCUGAGAGACCAAAAAGAGCAAUUUUCUUCCGCUUCCAGAGGUCUCUUGAUCUUUUUCUUUGCACGCUGUUUGCUUGGAUGGAUGUCAAAGCUUUCUUAGCCUUUGCUCACCUUUACCUGUCAGUUCAGAUGUUGCUAAACAAAACCUCCAGCUAGACAGAGGAUGAGGCACUUUCCAUGGUUCCCAAGAGUCUCCAAUGGCACUCAAUGACUUUCCAUGGCAUUCAAGGACUUCUAAUAGCACCCAAGAGUCUCCAGUGGCAACCAAGACUUUCCCAUGGAAGUCAACAGCUUCCAAUAGCACCCAAGGUUCUCCUGUGGCUCUCAAAGGUCUUCUAUGGUACUCAAGGGCUUUCCAUGGCACUCAAAGGCUUCUAAUACCACCCAAGUGUCUCCUGUGGCACCCAAGAUUUUGCCAUGGAACACAAGAGCUUCUGAUACCACCCAAGAGCCUUCUAUGGCUCUCAAGAAUCUCAUAUGGCACCCAAAAGCUUUCCAUGGUUCCCAAUAGUCUCCAAUGGCACUCAAGAGCUUUCCAUGGCACUCAAAAGUUCCUAAUAGCAUGCAAGAGUCUCCUAUGGCACUCAGGAAUCUCCAAUGGCACUCAAGUAUUUCUCAUGGCACCCAAGACAUUCUACUAGCACCCAGGAGUCUCCAAUAUCACCCAAGACUUUCUCAUGGUACUCGAGAGCUUCUAAUAGCACUCUAGUGUCUCCUAUGGCAUCCAAAAGCUUUCCAUGAUACCAAAGACUUUCCCAUAGAAGUCAAGAGCUUCUAAUAGCACCCAAGAGUCUCCUAUGGCACCCAAGAGUUUGCAUGGAAGCCAAGAGCUUCUAAUAGCAUCUGAAAGUCUCCAAUGGCACCUAAGCCUUCCCUAUGGAAGUGAAGAGCUUCUGAUAGCACCCCAGAACUUUCCAUGGCACCCAAGACUUUUCCACGCACUCAAGAGCUUCUAAUAGCACUCAAGAAUCUUUUAUGACACCCAAGAGUCUCCAGUGGCACCAAAGACUUUUCCAUGGAAGUGAAGAGCUUCUAAUAGCCUCCAAGAGUAUCCCAUGGCACUAAGCAGCUUCUAAUAACCCUCAAGAAUCUCCAAUGGCACCCAAGACUUUCUCAUGGCUCUCAAGAGCAUCUAAUAGCACCCAAGAUUUUCCAGUGACACCCAAGAGCCUUCCAUGACACCAAAGACUUUUUAUGGAAGUGAAGUGCUUCUAAUAGCACCCAUAAGUCUCCAAUGGCUGUCAAGAGUCGCUAGUGGCACCCAAGAGUCUCUAAGGGUACCCAAAACUUUCCCAUGGCACCCAAGACUUUCCCAUUGAAGUCAAUAGCUUCUAAUAGCACCUAAGAGUCUCCAAUGGCACCCAAUGGUACCCAAGACUUUCUCAUGGUAAUCAAGAGUCUCCAGUGGUACCUAAGAAUCUUCCAUGGCACCCAAGAGCUUUCCAAGUUGGAGGAACCAUAUCAAGCCUUUUGAAAAAUGGAAACAUUUCUCACUACUCACGCAAACUGGUGGACUCCAUCCGAGAAGCGGUGUUAACCGUGUCCCCGAAGAGGCAAUAGCGGGGCAUUUUGUGCCCCACGACGCCAGCAACACAUGGCCCUGCGACGAAGAGGAAGGAAGGAAAGGAAGGCAGUGUCAGGGGAUUGGUUGGGGGAUUUGGGGAGGUGUAGUUCCCAAUGUAGGUCUUUUGGCUCACCCGUGUGAAUGCCGACCCGUAACUCGAGUUUCCUGUCUGGCAUGUGGGGGACCAGGACCUGCCGUACGGCGGCCACCAGGUCCAGGGACAUCUGGGCGAUUUCGUGGGCGUGCCUCUCGCCGUUGCGCUCGGGCAGGCCGCUCACCACCAUGUAGGCGUCUCCGAUGGUCUCCACCUGUGAAAGGGAAUCGUAGGACCAUCAGAGCUGGAAGGAACCCACAAAGGCCAUCUAGGCAGACCCCAUUUGGGCAUCCAUGGGACAACAUUGGCCUCCUUCUAGUCUGCUGAAACAGCUACAGAACCUCUCUUGUUGGUAACACUGGUCCUGGAGACUCGGGCAUCCAUGGGACAACAUGGAUGGUGAGACAUCUCCAGAAAAACCUAUAGAACCUCUCUUGUUGGUAACACUGGCCCUGGAGACUUGGGCAUCCAUGGGACAACAUGGAUGGUGAAACAUCUCCAGGAAAACAUGGAUGGUGAAACAUCUCCAGGAAAACCUACAGAACCUCUCUUGUUGGUAACUCUGGUCCUGGAGACUUGGGCAUCCAUGGGACAACAUGGAUGGUGAAACAUCUCCAGGAAAACCUACAGAACCUCUCUUGUUGGUAACACUGGUCCUGGAGACUCGGGCAUCCAUGGGACAACAUGGAUGGUGAAACAUCUCCAGGAAAACAUGGAUGGUGAAACAUCUCCAGGAAAACCUACAGAACCUCUCUUGUUGGCAACACUAGCCCUGGAGACUCAGAAAUCCAUGGGACAACAUGGAUGGUGAAACAUCUCCAGGAAGACUUACAGAACCUCUCUUGUUGGUAGCUCUGGUCCUGGAGACUUGGGCAUCCAUGGGACAACAUGGAUGGUGAGACAUCUCCAGGAAGACCUACAGAACCUCUCUUGUUGGUAACACUGGCCCUGGAGACUUGGGCAUCCAUGGGACAACAUGGAUGGUGAGACAUCUCCAGGAAGACCUACAGAACCCCUCUUGUUGGUAGCUCUGGUCCUGGAGACUCGGGUCCAUUUGGAGUAGCCAGGUCUUCCUGUCCUGCCUCUUGACCUAUUUUGUGCUGCCUUUCCCCUACUUUUGUGGACCAUUUUCAAUCCCUCCAUUCUGUGGUUGGUCCAGAUGACCCCUGGGGUGCCCCUUCCCCCAAAGGAAGGGUCAUCAGGACCUUGUAGACGUCGUAGGACUCGAUCCGGGUGUCGAAACAGACGUAGAGGCCGUUGAGCAUCUCCACCACUUGCAGCGGGGAGCAGGAGGCGGCAAUGGCGGUGAAGCCCACCACGUCCGAGAAGAAGAUGGUCACCUGCCCGGAAAGAGAGGGACAAGGAAGAGUGACACCAUGUGUUCCUGGUUCGGGAGUGUUAUUUCCUGUUAGGUUUUACAAUGUAUUGAGUCACGCACUGCUAAUGGGCUUCUAUUGGGAAUGCUGAUUGAUUGUAUAUGGGGAAUCAUUUGGGGAAUGUGUUUGGGCCUACUCCAGGUGAUUGUCAAUGAUGCAAUCCUGAGUUUGGGUUGGGUCAAUUAGUUGGUAACCAAUCAAGGAUUACUAUGUGUAAUUGUAUUGUAUAUAAGGAACCAUGUUCAGUGUAUUUUCCCCCCUUCCUCCUUUUUUGUUGUUGUGAAGUCUAUAUGCAAUUAAACCUGGCUACUAGGACAAGA